GUGCGUUUGGCAGUUAGCUAAAUUUACAACUUGUUAAAUUAGUUUCAGACGCCUUUAUUGUGUAGCUCUCUUAAUAUUUAUGUCCCUGGUGUUCAGGAGUAUCUCAAAAGAAUCCAUAAAUGUCUACAAACUGGUGUGUCAGCAAGGCAAAAUAGUCCCGCUACAGUAUGAUGAUGAUCUACUAUACUGCAGUUGCAGUGUCGAGGAACUGUACUGCUGCUGAGCACAUCAUUUUCAAAACCCACAACAUGAGGUUUUAUACCAAGAUACAAGGAUGAAGGACCUUGCCAAUAACCAGGACGCUGAGAUGUUCAGAAGAGGUCAGGACAGCGUUCAUAAUGUUUCAUCAACACCAAUCUGACAGAUGAUCACCGAGUAUGGAGGAGAGAGCUUUUAAGAGGAGAGGAGAGAGCAUCUGUUGGCAAAAGCCUCCUGGCCCAUUCACAGCAGAUCACUUCUGAAGCCUGUUGAUCUUCAAGCUGCUGUCAUGGCAACCUCGUAUGACUGGCAGAAAACAGACCGCAGUCUCUGAGCUCCAGUCAACCCGGACGCUUCAGAGCACGAACACACUCUUAUGGGCAGAUGAAGAGUUGUGAUAUUGAGACACCGAGGCAGACACAGACUGUGAGGACCAGGAUGGCGCAUCUGGCGUAUCAACCCCUGCUUCCCACUGGAAACAAGUAUCUGCAGCAGAAAUGGGACAAGGCUUCAUAUGAGUUACACAGGGAAAAGGUGAAGUCAGCAAAAGCAACAAUAAACACAGCUCCACCAAAGACCUACGCUCACCUGACUCUCAAGCUGAAGACCCAAAAGCUUGAAGAGGAAUGGGCGAUGAAGAUUCAAAGGGAAAACAAUAUGCUUAUGGAGAAGAUAUCACACAUCAUGAGGACGACAGGAGGAGUUGACAACAAGAACUUUUACGACAGAAAAAGCCUUGGCAAAGAGAAGCGACAGCUGGAGCUGCUGCGUAUCACCAAGGAGAAUCAAAUGAUCCUGUUGCGUCUGAGCCAGUGCAGGUCUCACUAUGAUGUGAGGAGGUGGCACGAGGACUGGGUCAGAACCCUGAAGGUGAUGGACAGCAUUGCACGUUACCCACGAGGAACUGCCAAUCUGCAAAAGGGACAGGAAAAACCCACCAAGAAGUGCAGUGAUUGUAAUAAAGAGCAGAAGAUCCACCCUGCACGCAACAAGGCCAGUGGCAAAGCAGAGUCUGAGGAAGAUGAGAAGAGGAAGGAAAACAGCAAGAAAGAAAGCACAGGAACAAAGAUACAGCAAGACACAGCGACAUACUCUGAGCCAACAACAUCUGACACCACUCAGAUGACAGCAGAUAAACCUCCUCACACUGCUGAAACAUCGUCCUGUCCUGAAGGAUCUGAGUUGUCCAACCCUACUCACACACCUUAAACACUUGAGCAGGAGACUGCAAAUACUGUAGAGGGAUGAAAUGUCUUGUCUUUUGGCAAACUUGUAUUUUUUUUUUUUUUUUUUGCUCACUAAAUACAGUAUGUUAGUUUUGAAAAAGAAAGUGUUAGCUCCAACAUAGGUGGACGCAGAUAUUGUAUGGGACUUGUAUGAUAUUUGGUACUGGAUUAGUCCUAAAUAAAGCAGUAAUAUUACUCUGCAUUGGCUGUGUACUGAGAUAGAUUCAAAUAAAAACUAUAUUUCUGUGGUCGAUGUAAUGUUCACAAACACAAUGACAACACUUUGUAAUUUGUUUCUUUGAUAACAACAAAUAAAUGAAUCAAAUAAAAGUGUUGGGAAGGUUAUUUUUAAAAUGUAAUAGGUUACAGAUUACUAGUUACUCUGUUAAAAAUGUAAUAAGUGUUGUAACUCUUUCAGUUAUUUAAUCAAAGUAAUGAAUGUAUAAUUCUACAUAUAAACCUUUACCAAAAAUAAUAUAUUCAGCUGUAACCAAUUUGUAAUCACAAACAUUUUGACUUGUAACUUUAAUUGCAUAGUUUUUCUCAGUAACUGAUUACAGAUACAUUUAUUUUGCAUUUUAAUUGCAUGUAAAGUAGCAGAGGACUUUUUUCUUUGACAAAA